GGCGGCGGGCUACAGCUACGCCCGUGGUGGGAGGCUGCCCGAGCGUGAGGUGGCGAGCGGGUGUGCUCUCGGGAUCUUUGGAACAAGAACCCCGGGGCCUGGAAAACGCAACGGCCAGCUAGGAGGUCAGUGCGCGGCGGGUUCGAGAUGGGGUCCCAGGUGUCCACGGACGUGAGAGGUGUGCACGUGGUGAUCGUUGGCGGAGGCUUCGGCGGGAUUGCAGCCGCCAGCCAGCUGCAGGCGCGGAAUGUCCCCUUCACUCUGGUGGACGCCAAGGACUCCUUCCACCACAACGUGGCAGCCCUCCGAGCCUCCGUGGAGAGCGGGUUUGCCAAAAAGACAUUUAUUCCCUACUCGGUGAGCUACAAGGAAAGAUUCCGGCAGGGCCUGGUGGUUGAGAUCGACCUAACGAAUCAGACGGUGCUGCUGGAGGAUGGCGAGGUGCUGCCCUUCUCACAUCUCAUCCUGGCCACUGGCAGCACUGGGCCCUUCCCUGGCAAGUUGAACCAGGCUUUCAGCCAGCAGGACGCCAUUCAGGCCUAUGAGGACAUGGUGCAGCAGGUCCAGCGCUCGAAGUCCAUCGUGGUGGUAGGCGGAGGCUCCGCGGGAGUGGAGAUGGCGGCAGAGAUUAAAACAGAGUACCCCGAGAAAGAGGUCACUCUUGUUCACUCCAAGGUGGCCCUGGCCGACAAGGAGCUGCUGCCCUGUGUCCGGCAGGAAGUGAAGGAGAUCCUGGUCCAGAAGGGUGUGCAGCUGCUGCUGAGCGAGCGGGUGUGCAACCUGGGGAAGCUGCCUCUCAACGAGUAUCGAGAAUGCAUCGAUGUACAGACGGAUAAAGGCACGGAGCUGACCGCCAACCUGGUGAUUGUCUGCAACGGUAUCAAGGUCAACAGCUCUGCCUACCACAGUGCCUUUGAUAGCCAGCUGGCCAGCGAUGGUGCCCUGAGGGUGAACGAGUACCUCCAGGUGGAGGGCUACAGCCACAUCUAUGCCAUCGGCGACUGUGCCGACGUGAAGGAGCCCAAGAUGGCCUAUCACGCCGGCCUCCAUGCCAAUAUUGCUGUGACCAACAUCGUCAACUCCAUGAAAGAGAGGCCCCUCAAGGCCUACAAGCCAGGUGCACUGACAUUCCUCUUGGCCAUGGGCAGGAAUGAUGGUGUGGGCCAGAUCAGUGGCUUCUACGUGGGGCGCUUCAUGGUUCGGCUGGUCAAGAGCCGGGACCUGUUCAUCUCUACAAGCUGGAAAACCAUGCGGCAGUCUGCACCCUGAGGAGGAGGCUGGGCGGGAGACGAGGCACCACUGUCGCCAGCUGAAUGGAUUGCUUGACAAGUGGUACCCGCCUGACAAGUGCCAAGGACACUUCUUCUGGAGUAAGAUGCUAGUGAGGUACUCACCAGAAACACAACUUACAGACAACCAAAAAUGAAGAGAGAGAGAGAG